AUGUCGGCUAACUUCAUUUUCAGGAUAUCCAUAGUUCCAGCAAUUAGCCGACAAUUAUCGUUACUAAGAGAACCAAAGCAGCAGUCAUUGAACGAGCAACGUCAACGCACAUUUAAAAUGAAAAAAAUGUUGGACAAACAAGCUGAAGAUAAUGAGUUGCGUGAGCAAAUUCGAAAUAGAGACUUGGCGGUGCCUUCUACUAGCAAAUAG